AUGCUGGCGCUGUGCCUGGCCGCCCUGGCCUGCCUCGCCGAGGGCUCCCAGCGCGGCGAGCCCAUGUUCGCCGCCGUCACCCAGCGCCUGCUGCCACCCGACUACGACAGCAACCCCACGCAGCUCAACUACGGCGUGGCCGUCACCGACCUCGAUGCCGACGGCCACUUUGAGAUYGUGGUGGCCGGCUACAACGGCCCCAACCUGGUGCUCAAGUACGACCGGGCACUGGGGCGGCUGGUGAACCUGGCGCAGGAUGAGCGCGGCUCCCCUUACUACGCGCUGCGGGACCGCCAGGGCAACGCCAUCGGCGUGGCCGCCUGCGACAUCGACGGCGACGGCCGCGAGGAGAUCUACUUCCUCAACACCAACAACGCCUUCUCCGGCAUGGCCACCUACACGGACAAGCUCUUCAAGCUGCGCAACGGGCGCUGGGAGGACCUGCUGAGCGACGAGGUGAACCGGGACGUGGCCAGCCGCUUCGCCGGGCGCUCGGUGGCCUGCGUGGACAGGACGGGCUCGGGCCGCUACGCCAUCUACAUCGCCAACUACGCCAGCGGCAACGUGGGGCCCCACGCGCUGCUCGAGAUGGACCCGGCCGCCAGCGACCCGGCGCGCGGCCUCGUGGUGCUGCGGGACGUGGCCGCCGCCGCCGGCGUCAACAAGUACACAGGUGGCCGCGGGGUGGCCGUGGGCCCCAUCCUGAGCGAGAGCGCCUCCGACAUAUUCUGUGGCAACGAGAACAGCCCCAACUUCCUCUUCCACAGCCGGGGCGACGGCACCUACCGGGACGUGGCGGCUGCCGUGGGCCUGGACGACCCCUACCAGCACGGCCGCGGCGUGGCGCUGGCCGACUUCAACCGCGACGGCCGCCUCGACGUGGUCUACGGGAACUGGAACGGGCCCCACCGCCUCUUCCUGCAGGCGGGGGCCCCCGGGCGCGUGCGGUUCAGGGACAUCGCCACCCCCAAGUUCUCCAUGCCCUCCCCCGUGCGCACCGUCAUCGCGGCCGACUUCGACAACGACCAGGAGCUGGAGGUCUUCUUCAACAACAUGGCCUACCGCGGCUCCUCCGCCAACCGCCUCUUUCGGCUCGUCCGCCGGGAGCACUCGGACCCCGCGGUGGAAGAGCUCAACCCAGGGGACGCGCUGGAGCCCGAGGGACGGGGCACGGGCGGUGCCGUGACGGAUUUUGACGGGGACGGGCUGCUGGACCUCAUCCUGUCCCACGGCGAGUCCAUGGCGCAGCCGAUCUCYGUCUUCAAGGGCACCCAAGGCGCCGGCAACAACUGGCUGCGCGUGAUCCCCCGCAGCCGCUUCGGGGCGUUCGCGCGGGGCGCCAAGGUGGUGCUGUUCACGCGGCGCAGCGGGGCCCACCUGCGCGUCAUCGACGGCGGCUCGGGGUACCUGUGCCAGAUGGAGCCCGUGGCCCACUUCGGACUGGGGCACGACGAGGCCAGCAGCCUGGAGGUGACGUGGCCCGACGGGCGCGUGGCGGUGCGCGCCGUGGCCAGCGGCGAGACCAACUCCGUCCUGGAGGUGCCCUACCCSGCRGAGGCCGAGGGGCCGCCCGUGCCCGCCCCGGUGGAGUGCGGCCAGGGCUUCUCCCAGCACGCGAGCGGACGCUGCGUAGACACCGACGAGUGCGCCGAGUUCCCCUUCGUGUGUCCCCGGGACAGGCCCGUGUGCGUCAACACGUACGGCGGGUACCGCUGCCGCGGCCACAAGCGCUGCGGCCGGGGCUUCGAGCCCAACGAGGACGGCACGGCGUGCGUGGCUCAAGUGGCCUUUUUUGGGGGAUACCCCUCCGGUGGGAGCUGGCCCCGGCCCCGCCGAGGUGCCCUCCUCCCUCUAGGCCUGGGACUCUGCCUUUGUCUCUAUGCACUUUAACCCUUGCCCGUAUUGCGCCGGAGCAGCCUUGGCGGAGGGGCCGCCCGCCGGYCUCUGCCCGUCUCUCUCUGUCUCUCUCUCUUUCUCUCCC